AUGUUGCGUAGUCAAUCCAUUUCAAAUAUUGAAGAUCAUCGUAAUUCUAAAUCAUUCUUCAGUGCAUUUAGAUCUAAAAGAAGUCAGAAUCAACUACGACCACUGGUGGGACAACCACAAUCUCCAGAUGCAACCAAUUUUCGUAAAAUAUCUCGUCCAUUAAGUAUCUAUCAUUUAUCAACUCUAGAUAUCAAUGAUGACGAUAAAGAAAAUAAAAUUGAGGAAAAACCAUUAGCAACAAAAUCAAGCAAUUCAACUUUAAAUACAAAUAAAAUGAUUGAACAUUCAACCGUUCCUGUCAGAUCAAUUGCUCAUGGUCGCAAAAAGAGUUUUCGAAACUCGAUGAUAUUCAAUAACUUUAUGGCUUCGAAACUUGGACCAGAAGAGGUUGAAAAAGAAGCCCAACAACAACAAAUACAAGCCCUUCAUCAACGCAGUAUGUCUUUAGCGACGCUUCCAACAACCACCGAAGAACAUUCUCCAAGAUCAAUUGACAUUAAUACAGAAUCAAUUUUUGACAGAUCAUCAGUCACAUUUGAUGAUGGAGAAGAGAAUGAUGAUGAGAGCUUUUCUUUAUCUUCAAGUUCAAUUCAUUCAUUCUCGGAAAUUAUAGGUGAAAAUAAUACAACUUCGGAGACUGUGGAUUCAAGUGCUGGUUCUUCUUCAAAUAUAUCGAAAUUACCUCGUACAUCUAAUUUAUAUAAUAUGAAUCAAUUCAUCAAAGAAAUUAAUGAGAAUGGUAAUUUACUACCUUUAAGUAAUCGAGCCUCAAUUGAAUUUGAAAAUAAUGAAAUAAAAAAAUUGAAUGAAAAAUUGAAUGAACAAAACCCAAAUGAUUUGAUUUCUAAUAUUUCAUUAAUUGAAAAUAUUAUCUUUAUAACAAGUAAAGUUACCGAUAAUGAAGGAAAUAAUAAUGAAUUUAUUAAAUCUUUAGAAGAUAUUGAUUAUGAUGAUAUUUUGAAGAAUGAAAAAUACUAUUCGUUUGCUGAUGCUACCGAUGACGACCCGUUGCUUUUAAAGUGGUAG